AUGGAACAAAUAGGGUUGCUGCUGCUUCUAACAAUUAGAGUGCUUCCGGUGUCUGCUCAGUUCAAUGGUUACAACUGUGAUGCCAACCUCCACAGUAGAUUUCCUGCUGAAAGAGACAUCAAUGUCUACUGUGGAGUGCAGACUAUUACGAUGAAGAUUAAUUUUUGCACAGUACUUUUCUCGGGGUAUUCUGAAACAGAUCUGGCACUGAAUGGAAGGCAUGGGGAUUCCCACUGCAGGGGGUUCGUCAACAACAACACCUUCCCAGCAGUGGUCAUUUUCAUCAUCAAUCUCAGCACCUUGGAGGGCUGUGGAAACAACUUAGUGGUGUCCACAAUUCCUGGUGUCAGUGCUUAUGGAAAUGCAACUUCAGUACAAAUAGGAAAUAUUUCAGGAUAUAUUGAUACUCCAGACCCACCAACAAUCAUCAGCUACCUACCUGGACUUCUUUACAAAUUUAGUUGUAGCUAUCCACUGGAAUACCUGGUUAAUAACACCCAGCUUGCUUCGUCCUCAGCUGCUAUUUCUGUGAGAGAGAACAAUGGAACAUUUGUCAGCACUUUGAACCUGCUCCUUUAUAAUGAUUCAACCUACAGUCAGCAGUUAAUUAUCCCAAGUAUAGGAUUACCUUUGAAAACCAAAGUAUUUGCAGCUGUUCAAGCCACUAAUCUGGAUGGAAGAUGGAAUGUCUUAAUGGAUUAUUGCUAUACAACCCCAUCAGGGAAUCCAAACGAUGACAUUCGGUAUGACCUCUUCCUUAGCUGUGACAAAGAUCCUCAGACCACCGUCAUUGAAAAUGGCAGAAGCCAGCGCGGCCGGUUUUCCUUCGAGGUGUUCCGAUUUGUGAAACACAAGAAUCAGAAAAUGUCCACUGUCUUCCUGCACUGCGUCACCAAGCUCUGCAGAGCCGAUGACUGCCCCUUUCUUAUGCCAAUUUGUGGCCACAGAGAAAGGAGAGAUGCUGGGAAGAAGACAACCUGGAGCCCCCAGAGCACUUCAGGCAAUGCAGUCCUCUCUGCUGGUCCCAUCAUUACCCGGAGUGAUGAGACUCCAACCAACAAUUCACAGCUUGGCUCCCGGGAUGUGCCUCCCUUCCAGCUGAACACCGUCACCAGUGCGCUGAUAUCAGGAAUCGUCAUUCUGGGAGUCAUGAGUUUUUCCCUUCUCCUGUGCUCACUGACUCUUCUACACAGAAAGGGACCCACCAGUUUGGUGUUGAAUGGCAUAAGAAACCCAGUCUUUGAGUAAACAUGACAGGUGCAACUCUGGGAAAGCUUCACUGACUAUGGUGUGUGUCUGCAGUCAGUGUUCUUCUGAGUUGAAUGACAGUCAGCACUUGAUAUUUGUAGAUGUGAUAGAUUACAUAGUGUAGCUUACCAGCAUGAUGAUAGUGAAAUAAUUUUUAUU